AUGAAACCCGUGACGCUGCGUUAUUCAAUGCUCCCCAAAUGGCAGAGGCAUCUCAGAGGCGCUGCCUCCAGUCUCCACAAGGCCGAGUUGCGGACUGAUCAGAUCUCCGGGAGGCAUUGGCAGAGGCGCUGGUUUGCUACGCCAGUCGAAAUCACCAAGGGUACAGACAAGGAAGACUCGAGCGACCCCAGGGAAAAGGUGGUGAUCUUGGGUAGUGGUUGGGCAGGUUAUGUCCUGGGUCGCCAGCUGGACAAGAGAAAAUACCGCGUUGUCUUCGUCUCGCCUCGCUCAUACUUUGUCUUCACCCCUCUCCUCAACGACACCACCGUGGGCACCCUCGAAUUCCGAAACGUGCUCGAGUCCGUGAGAAAGAAAAACAGUGGCUUGGAGUACAUUCAAGGCUGGGCAGACGAUGUCAACUUUGCGGACAGAACCGUUACCAUUGAACCCUCAGUCCUGGAUCCAGAUGUAGGCCACGCGAUGACGGGGCCGAGAAAACCGAAUGAACAGCAGACGGCCAGUGGGUACGCUGUGAAGGGCGUUUUCCCUCAUGGACCGUGGCAAAAGGAGGUACAGAUGGGUGGGACCGGCUCGCAUGAAGUUCCUACGUUUCCCAUCCACUACGACAAAUUGAUCAUUGCUGUGGGCACCUAUAGCCAGACAUUCGGCACCAAGGGCGUGAGAGAAAAUGCAUGGUUCCUGAAGGACGUGCGAGAUGCAGUUGCCAUACGUCGACGGAUCCUGGAGUUAUUCGAACUCGCACGGUUACCCAUCAUCCCCGAAGACACGAAGAAGCACCUCUUACAUUUUGCCGUCGUCGGUGGUGGUCCAACGGGGAUGGAAUUCGCCGCCUGUCUGUCGGACCUCCUGAGAGACGACCUCUCCAAGAUCCACCCUGAUCUCAUGAGAUACGUUCGCAUCAGUCUCUACGACGUCGCCCCCAAGGUUCUCCCCAUGUUCGAUGCCUCACUCGCCGACUACGCGGUGAAACAGUACAGACGCCAGAACAUUGAGAUCAAAACCUCCCACCAUGUCGAAGAACUCCGAAAGGGGUUUCCUAACGACGAAAAAGCUCGCCAGGAUCAAGCCAGCCAAGUCAAAGGACGAGUCUAUACGAUCAACACGCAAGAAGAAGGCGAUGUCGGUAUUGGCAUGUGUGUGUGGUCUACGGGAAACAUGAACAACCCGUUUGUGAUGAAAGCGCUCAAUCAUGUGCGUCGAUUCCCGACAGAAUCGGCACAAAUCACCCAGGGAGAAUUGACAGACCCGAUGCAACGACAAUGGAUCAUCCAGCGCGACGCCAGAACCGGUGUCAUAUUGGUAGAUGACCAUUUUCGGUUGCACCUGACGACAGCGUGCGCCGAGGGCAUGAAGGAAGAUGAAAAGCCCAAGGCGUACAUGAAGAAUGUGUUCGCGCUGGGGGACACGAGCAAAUUGAUGUCUGGUGCCUUACCAGCCACUGCGCAAGUCGCCAAUCAGCAGGCCCUCUGGCUUGGGAAGACGCUGAACAAGCACCCUUCCCCCGAGGAGUUUCGGAAGCAGAAGGGAUUUACUUUCAGGAAUUUAGGCGUUUUGACCUAUCUCGGAGGAGCCAAGGCCAUUCUUCAGGGUGGCAACGGCAAUGGCAACGGUGGUGGUGCCGCGAAGGGGAUCAAAGGGCUGGCGGCCUACCUCAUUUGGAGAGGAGCAUAUCUCACGAUGACGCUGAGUUGGAGGAACAAGUUCCUUGUCGUGGUGCAAUGGGUGGCUGUCAAGGUGUUUGGGAGGGAUAUCAGUCGGUUCUAG